CAAACCGUAAAGAAAGAAAUGAAGGGAUGGCGGAUAAACCAUGAUAGUUUUUCACAAGAAAAAAGACCAUAAUAUAUCACUAAAAAGAAGCGGGAAAUACAACCAGCUGAAAGUGGCUGACUAAAGUUUGUUCUGCUGUUUUUGUCAUGGAUUUGUCAGUUGAACAGGAAAGUCUUGUGGCAAUUGGCUCAGAAGCAUUUCCAACAUCUCCUGAGAUUCUCUCAGAAGAAUCGCAUUCUUUGAUAGCAUGUUCAUCAGAUGAGUGCUCAAAUGUAGAGGCUAAAGAAGGAUCUGGAGUGUCUUCCAGUUGUUCCUCUGAUGUGAUGCAGUCAAUUCCAAAUGAAAUAAUAACUGAGGGAGGGAAUGAAGAGCAACAGUGUGUCACCAUUGUGACAGAUAGCAUCAACUGCAGCUCACCACAAGUGUUAAAUGAUAGAAGUGAAGAAACAGAUGCAGAGGAUACAGGCUUAUUGUACAUUCAGAACUGCAGCUCACCAGAGGAAAGUCAGCAAACUCAAAUGCUUGUGUUGCCCAGGUCAAGGGAAGCAACCAAAAAUCAAUCACGAUUGUUUGAAUGUGAUUAUCCUGAUUGUGGAAGAACAUUUACCACCGCAGCGCAUCUCAGAUACCAUGUGCGAACACACACAGGAGAAAAACCAUACUCAUGUUCACAUGAAGGAUGUGGCAGGAACUUUACAUCAUCUGGCUACCUACGAUAUCACCAAUGUACACACAAUGGAAAAAGGACAUUCAAGUGCCAACACCCAGGAUGUGACCGUGUAUUUGCAUGGCCAGCACACAUGAAAUAUCAUAUGAAGACUCACACAGGAGACAGAGCUUAUCAUUGUUCUUUUGAAGGUUGCAACAAAAGCUUUUAUGUCUUACAGAGGCUUAAUGUUCACAUGAGAGUACACACAGGUGAACGGCCUUACACAUGUAAUGUGGAAAACUGUUUGAAAUCUUUUACAACACAAGGAAAUCUGAAGAAUCAUAUGCGCAUACACACAGGGGAAAGACCUUACAUGUGUACUUAUGAAGGGUGUGGUCGCACUUUCACUGAACACUCUAGUCUUCGGAAACACAAGCUUAUACACACUGGAGAGAAACCAUACGUCUGUGAAAUCUGUGGCAAGACAUUUAGUCAGAGUGGAAGCCGUAAUGCUCAUCAAAAGAGACAUGCAGAUGCAAACAAGAGCGACAAGAGAAGCAAGAAGACAACAAGCAAGAGUGGUACUACCACACAGAUUACUGAGGAUACAGAAAGUGGCCAGAUGCUUCAGCACCUUGAUGAUAUGGAAGAUACAGGAGGAGAAGAUGAGCAAUCCAUUACUUCCCAAGCCCUUGUGUACUCACAAGGAGAGCAUACCAUAGUAACACAAGCAUCAGGUGACCAUUUGGUACUGGCUCAACCCAUUGUAGCUAAGGAAGUGUCCAUAGAAACCACGCCAGUUCAGACAAUGUCUCUGCUAGUGCAUGCCACUGAUGACCCAAUGGUAAAUCAAGAUGGUCUCGUGCGGGCAACUGCUGAUGUUGUGUCCCUGGCAGAAACUGUCGUGGCUCAGCAAGCUGUCAUUCACACCAUGCUAGAUGGAGCAGCCAUCAUUCCCACAAGUAGCCAGUCAGAGAUGUCUGUUGUGGAUCAGGUGUUGCAUCAGUCAAAUGUUGAGCAUAUGAUGCAAGGUGUUGUAAGCCAACACAUCCUUGCUGGGCAGAUCCAGCUGCCUCUUUCUGUGGAGUUGGAACCAGGACAGGAACAGGGUGGGGUUGUACCCCAUCUGACAGUGGACCUGUCUGGGCUCAUUCAGCAGACCGAUGAACAGUCUGGACAGGACAGCGAGGAUGAGGAAGUGGUAAAAGAGCAUGAAUUUCAUGUUGUAACAGAUGAUAAACAAGAUAUGCAAGAAAACAGUCAGUAAUUAUUGUAACACAUUUAUGGUGCUCUGCUAUUCUUAACUCCACAAUUUAUUUAGCAAAAGUCGUGACUAGUAUAAUAGAUAGAAUUAACAAAUU